GGGACAACCUUGUAAAUUCCUGUUCUUCCUUUCCAAAACCCUAAUCCCGCUUAGGUAUAAAAACGAAAGAAACACACUUCUUCCGAUUCUUCGCUUUACAGGAGCAGCUCCGAACACCGAAGGUUCAUCCAAUCCCUUCUUCACCGCUCAGCAACAAUGUCGAAGAGAAAGGUUAGAGAGCCAAAGGAGGAGAACGUGACUCUUGGUCCAGCUGUCAGAGACGGUGAACAUGUCUUCGGCGUCGCUCGCAUUUUUGCCUCCUUCAACGAUACCUUCAUUCACGUCACUGAUUUGUCUGGGAGGGAAACACUUGUUCGCAUCACUGGUGGAAUGAAGGUUAAAGCUGACAGAGAUGAAUCAUCUCCUUAUGCUGCUAUGCUUGCAGCACAGGAUGUUGCUGCCAGAUGCAAGGAGUUGGGCAUAACUGCUCUUCAUAUCAAGCUCCGAGCCACUGGUGGAAACAAAACAAAGACACCUGGUCCUGGUGCUCAAUCAGCUCUUCGAGCUCUUGCUCGUUCAGGAAUGAAAAUUGGUCGCAUAGAGGAUGUGACUCCCAUUCCUUCGGAUAGCACACGUAGAAAGAGUGGUAGAAGGGGUAGAAGGCUUUAAACUUCUUAUGGUAUAUGGCUGGAGUUACUAUAUCACUCUGCAAGCCAAACAAAAUUGUGGCAUUUUGAGAUUUUGCUUAGGUUAUUAUCUGAACAUCUAUUGUAUUUCUUGUGGUAUUGAACGAAAUUUUAGUUGAGUACAUUUUCGCAUUUUGAAAGUUAUUCGUAUUGAGAUUGUUGGAAAUUCUGCGUGUUGCUUUGUUGCUUGGAAAUGUACUAAUCAUCUCCUUGAUAAAAUGUUGCUAGGUUCGGUUUCA